UCAGUAACAUAAAAACACAGAAAAAAAAACGGUCGGGGAAAGAGAUGAUGAUGAUGAUGGGAAUUGGGAAACCCUAGGAGGAACUGAUACACAAACAAUCAGAGGUAAGACGGCCCAAUGUUUCAGAACUCAUCACAUUCACACUCGGUCUCAUCCCUUGCGGUUUACUACCUGAAGAAGCCCCAGGCCUUCCCCUUUCUUCUCUCAGUCUUCCUCCUCCUCACGUGGCUCUCUCUCAGACUCCAGCACUCCUCCCACUUCUCCCCUCCCCCUUUCUCCCGCGUCCUCGACAACAAGUGGAGCAAAGAGGAUGACACAAAGGCCAAUUUGGUCAGAUUCAGUUCUGGGUUUCCUUCCACGCUCGCAAAAGACGAGCGGGGUUGGUCGCUCAAUCCCAUCUCUCUUGCCCUUCAUUCUGGCAUUUCGGGUGGGGCUGUUACUUGUACUUCGGUUCAUCUUGGAGAAAUUCGGCCUGGUGCUGUGAGGGGAAAUCACAGACACUAUACCUGUAACGAGACAUUUGUCAUUUGGGGUGCAAAAACGAAAUUCAGGUUGGAGAACAGCCAAGUAGUUGGUAAAGGUUUUGCUGAAGCGAUGAUUGGUGCAGAUGAGGUUGCUGUUGCAGCUAGUCCAAGUGGAACUGCCCAUGCUUUAGUAAACAUGGAUCCAAUACGGAGUUCAUUCUUUAUAGGAUGUCAAGACAGUGUUGUAAAUUAUAGCAGCUCAUCUACUGAUUUUAAUGUUUGGAAAGACCUUUAAGCAUUAAUUUUUGUCUGUUCUGCAUGAUAGUCCUCGUUUUAGUCUUAACUUCUUUUCUUUUACUGUCCUAUAGGUGAUUUCCGUAGUAGGCAUUACAGUAUUAAGAUUAUUAUUUUUAGUUUAAAAUUGAUAAGUAUGUGUAUAUAAAUUACUAAAGUUGCUGCA